AUUUAUGUCAAGAUCAACUGUACACGUCAACGUAGUUGUUGUGGUUAGGUUAAGUGUUUUUUUUACAAUCUUCGUUCAAAGUCUGAAAUUUCGCUUUUAAUACUUAACAGCGAAGUUCAACUUUCAUUUUAGUUUCAGCAUUGACGUUAUUGGGUGCAUCUUUUUGUGAAAGAUAAUCUACAGCAAAAUGGGUCGUGUUUUUGUAAUUGGUGUUGGAAUGACAAAAUUCGAUAAACCAGGCAAACGGGACGAUGAUUAUCCUGAAUGGGGAAAGGAAGCCAUUCUCCAAGCCUUAGGUGAUGCUAAAAUCAACAUGAAGGAAGUGCAACUUGCUACUGCGGGAUAUGUGUAUGGAGAUUCAACUUCAGGACAAAGGGUCAUCUAUGAAGUAGGUAUGAGCGGAAUUCCAAUUUUCAACGUUAACAAUAAUUGUUCUACUGGAUCCAGUGCUUUAAUGUUAGCAAAAGAAUUGGUAGAAUCUGGUAAAUGUGAUUGUGCUCUCGCUGUAGGUUUUGAAAAAAUGGAAAGAGGUAGCUUAUCAUCUAAAUUUAAUGAUAGAACAAACCCCAUGGAUAAACAUGUUGAAGCUAUGGCUGAAUUGGCAGAUAUAGUUAAUGCACCGAUGACGGCACAACUAUUUGGUAAUGCUGCAAUAGAACACAUGAAGAAAUAUGGAACCAAACCUGAACAUUUUGCCAAAAUUGCAUAUAAAAAUCAUAAACAUUCUAUUAACAAUCCAAAAAGCCAGUUUCAAGAUGAAUAUUCAUUAGACCAAAUCCUUCAAUCACCCAAAAUUUAUGGUCCCAUAACCAAGUUACAAUGUUGUCCAACUAGUGAUGGAGCUGCAGCAGCCAUAGUUGCCUCUGAAAGAUUUGUUAAAGCUCAUGGAUUAGAGUCCAGAGCUGUUGAAAUUCUUGGAAUGGAGAUGGCCACUGAUUUACCAUCCACAUUUGCAGAUAAAAGUUUAAUGAAAAUCGUAGGAUAUGAUAUGACUAAGUUGGCAGCUGAACGUUUAUUUAGAAAAACAAACAGAAGGCCCACUGAUGUUCAAGUUGUUGAACUUCAUGACUGUUUCUCAGCAAACGAACUAAUUACUUAUGAAGCUUUAGGACUGUGUCCUCCAGGUAAGGCAGGAGAGCUUAUAGAUCGUGGAGAUAACACUUAUGGAGGAAAAUAUGUAGUUAAUCCUAGUGGAGGAUUAAUUUCUAAGGGACAUCCUUUGGGUGCAACAGGAAUAGCUCAGUGUGCAGAACUUACCUGGCAAUUAAGAGGUGAAGCUGGCCCAAGACAAGUCCAAGGGGCUAAAUUAGCUCUGCAACAGAAUAUUGGUUUAGGAGGAGCUGUAGUAGUAGCUCUGUAUCAAUUGGGCUUCCCUCAAAACCGAUCCCAGGCUACUAGUGCCCCAUCUGGUCUAGGUGGAGAUUUGAUUGGAGGAGAUAAUUUUGAAGCCUCUAAAUAUCUAAGGAUUCUUCAACAGGCGAUGAACGAAGAUGAAGAUGGAUUAGUAGAAAAGCAUAGAGGAGUCUAUGGAUUGAAAGUAGUGAAAAAAUCAGGUGAAACUGGAUAUUGGGUGAUCAAUACUAAGGUAGGCAAAGGAAAAAUAGAAUUUAAUGGAAAAGACAAGCCAGAUGUUACGUUCAUUGUUAAGGAAGAGGAUGUAUUAGAAUUAUUGUCUGGCAAAAUUCCACCACAGAAGGCAUUUUUCCAAGGAAAAGUAAAAAUUCAAGGAAAUAUGGGUGUAGCCAUGAGAUUAAUAGAAUUACAGAAAACAGCAGCUGCCAAAAUUGAGGUACUUAGAGCUAAGUUGUAAAUUAUGCAAAGAGUAAAUUUCUUAACUUUAUGGAUUGUGUACACUAAGGUUUUAUUUUAUCUUUUUGGGAGUAUAUAUUAUAUUAUAAUUGACAAAUUAUAUAGGUACUUUCUUGUUUUACAUAUCACUUCCUAUAAAAAAUAUUGUACACACUGUACCACAACGACUGACUCCUUUAUAUAAACAAAUAUGUAAGUAUAAAUAAUUGCUCUGUUAUCUCCUUUUUAUUACAUGUUUUUGUUGAUAAUUUCAGAAUCUAUUGACCUUUUUCGAAGAACUUUCAAUAUUUUGUUAUAAGUUGAAGAUCAGUGUAAUUUUUGUUGAGAUAUUAAAUUCAAUUGUUUUUGUUUCCAAAAAGGUUGUCCCAUAAAUAAACUAGAUACAUCAUUGUAUAUUAAUAAUAUGCAACCUUGAUGUAUGUGCUAAUAAAUCCUCUUUAUUAAUU